GAAGAGGACAGCAAAAUGCUGUGAAAACAGGAGGCACCACCUUCUCAGAAGCUUAGUGCGCCUAACAAGCAGCCUUGUCUUUAACUCGCAGCGCUCAGCCUGACAAGGACUAUGGUUGUGGCAGGCUGGAUCUCCUUGCUGUUUGCUCUGCUGUCUCCGGCAAUCGUUGUGGCACACAGCCACAGUGAGGAGACAGAGACCUACCAUGUAAGCAUUGGCCACCUUUUUGUGCUGAGGUGCAGCAUCCUUGAUGCUUCUACCAAAGUGACCUGGAGCAGAUGGGGAAGGGACAACCUGAGCCUGCCUGCUGGAGUGGAAGUCAGGGAGGGGUUAUUGUGGUUUAUACCCGUGCAGAUGUCUCAUAAUGGAUCCUACACCUGUGAGAAAAGGGACGGCACUGGAUUAUCGUGGAUGAAGUUUUUUGUAUCAGUGUCCAGUGAACAGUGUCCUGAUGCACCUGAGACCAUAUCUAUCUCCCAGAGAGUCAAUGGAGGUCUUCCUUGCCAACAGAAAGAGAUCUUGAAUAGACUGAAUAAAACAAGCACCAUACGAUGGAUGAAGGAUUGCAACCCUAUUGAGCGGGAAGGAGAGCCUAUCUCUGUGGAUGAGGAUGGCUUCGUGAGACUGCCUGCACUGACAGAGAUGGAUGCUGGGAAAUACACCUGCCUGGUAGACAUUAGCCUGGAUGGCAAGAAUUACACCUCUGCACGCAGCAUUCAGCUGACUAUUAAUGAUGUUAUAGGUUUUUUUGUGGAUAUCGAGCUGGUGCGCCCUCGACAGGAGGUGGUCAUGGUUGAAGUAGGUCAAAGAGUGAAACUACAGUGUUUAGCCUACAUAGGCUUCAGUGAGGACAGUGAGAUUUCCGUGUAUUGGACUAUUGGCUCAGACUUCGUUGAAGAACACAAGGAACUUGUCGAGUCCAAGAGAUAUAUUCACAACAGCGGCAAGGUGUUUGUCGAGUCCACUCUCUCCAUCUCUAAAGUUCUUCCUAAGUUCCUGCGUGUCCGCUUUCAGUGCAAAGUACAGAGCCCAGCUGAUGAGAAAUUCGGCUAUGUUUGGCUGCAAGAAGUUGACCACAGUGCCUUCCACACACGUGUGGCUCUCUGCCUUGCGGCCUCUGUGGCUGUUCUGGCCCUGGCUGCUGCCUUCUUCUUAUUUAAAGUAGAUCUGGCGUUGGCUUACAGGAAACUGUUGCAACAUUUUUCCAAACAACAAACUCCAGAUGGGAAAGUCUAUGAUGCCUAUGUGAGUUUUCUUCAUUCCGACACCCUGAGUACAGCUGAGGCAGAGAGCUUUGCCCUGCAGAUCCUUCCUGAACAGCUGGAGAAACAACACGGCUACUCCCUGUACAUCAGAGGAAGGGACGACAGUCCAGGAGAAGCGGUACAUGAUUACAUUUCUGCUACACUGCGCCAAUGCCGCAGACUGAUAAUAAUCCUGUCGACUGAGGAAAUAUCUGCCGCUCAUGGUGAAACAGAGGAAGAGCCAUUAUGUGAUAACCAAGACAAGUUCUGCUAUGAGCAGAAAAUUGGCCUUUACGACGCUUUGACUCUGAACAACCUCCAAGUAAUUCUUGUGGAAAUCGAUGGUCCGGUGGAUUACAGUUGCCUGCCAGAGUCUCUGCGCUAUAUCAAGAGGACACAAGGAUCUCUGAAGUGGAAGAAACCCUCCUCUGGAACCCACAAACUUAACAAAAUGUGCUCAAACAGAAACUUUUGGAAGAAUCUGAGGUACCGCAUGCCCUCAGUGCCUGCAGGGAGACUCCAGACUAUUGUCUAAACGACUCAUUCCCUAACCUGUAUCCUGACCCUCAUUAGGGGUUCUCAAAGCUUCACAGAUGGGUCUUGAAUUUAUGUGGUGUAAGACACCUUUGUAAAUUCACAGUAGCCGUUGAUCUCAACAUUUUAUUAAUUUCUGGGAAGGCAACUAAUGGAACUUGUUAUUUUGGAUUAUUAUGUAAGACAUGAACUCGAACACUCUUGCACGUUCAAAACCGCAUGUUCUCUCCAUGUCUGGUUGGUAUCUCUCCGGGUUCUCCAGCUUCCUCCCAUGGUCCAAAGACAUGCACCAAAUAAGUGUCCCUGAAUUACACUUCAAUAACAGUUCUGUGGAUAGAAAUUGCAUUAGAAAAGUAUGUAGUUAGAGCUAAUAGAGCAAUGACCAAGUGUCAGGAAGUAGAAAACACUGAAUUUGUCAAAGAAAUAAACCCAAUAAGCAUGAUUGUUAAAAAAUAUAUACAACAGACAGGAUUGUAUGACUCUUUAAAACUCUCUAAAGCUGUAUUCACAGGUUUUAAGAUGUUAGGGUGCACAGCUAAUUUCACACUGAUCAAGGUCAUCUGCUGGAUUUUAUCUGGGCACAGAACAAGAAUACUUAACAAAUAACACAGCUUUGUGCCACAGAUAACAGAUUUCAAUCCUUUGCUCUCAUCUCCUUGGUUUGAUUUUAGUAUUUUUGUACAUUUAUCUUUUCUUUCCCACCUUGGCAAAUGUUUCAUGAUAGUGACAACAAGGUUCAAAGAAAGACCGAAAACCUUUCAAAAGUUGCUUCACCCGGUUUACAGUCCUUAGAUAAUGAUCAGAACAGAGCGCCAGCAUCUCUACAAACAUGUUGUGAAAGAACAUUGAUAAAGAUCAGCACACUUUCAGCUUCCCUUUUCUCCUUUCACACCAGCAGAAAACAUUAUGCACUCAGUGUUUCAGUUAACAUAAAUGUUUUUAACUUGUUUUUUGUUCUCUGUAUGUGUUCAAUAUUUGACUACAGAACUUUUUCACAGCAGCCAUUUUGACAUGAUAUAGUAGGGUGAUCACAGGUUAUCAAUGAUACUAACUACUUGACUCCAUUCGGGUCAAACAGAGUCAGGGUGCUACUGUGGUGCAUAUUGAUGGAAAGGGAGUUUUUCUCACAGUCAUAUUCCUGACACCACUUUCUAAUUUUGUAUUUAUUAUGGUUGGCAUGCUUUAAUCGUAUUACCUGGAAUUCACCCUGAUACAGAUAAGCCAAUGGGUGUUUGGGGACCUGCCAAGUUCUGCCUUUUUAUGGAAAACAACCAGACUCAGUCUUAAGUGUUUUGAUUAUUCCAUUCAGAAAUAAAAUAAAAUACUGACAUUU